ACACAUGGACACACGGAACAUCUGGAUUCGUGGGGUGGCAGAGUGGAAGCGAGGGAUAGAAGUGGUGCAGCUGAACCUCAGCCGGCCGAUCGAGGAGCAGGGCCCCCUGGACGUCAUCAUCCACAAGCUGACCGAUGUCAUCCUGGAAGCCGACCAGAACGACAGCCAGUCCCUGGAGCUGGUGCACAGGUUCCAGGAAUACAUCGACGCCCACCCUGAGACCAUAGUCCUGGACCCCCUUCCUGCCAUCAGGACGCUGCUCGACCGCUCCAAGUCCUACGAGCUCAUCCGGAAGAUUGAGGCCUACAUGAAAGACGACAGGAUCUGCUCGCCGCCCUUCAUGGAGCUCACCCAGCCCUGUGCGGGGGACGACAACCAUGCAGCUUCCUUGGGAGAAGAAACGCCCUGACCCUUCCCAUUUGUUUGCAAAACCAGAGUGGCUCACGGCACCAACUCCCACGAGAUGGCCAUCGUGUUCAACCAGGAGGGCCUGAGCGCCAUCCAGCCGCCCUGCGUGGUCCAGAACUUCAUCAACCACAACGCUGUCCUCUACAAGGUGUUCGUGGUCGGCGAGUCCUACACGGUGGUCCAGAGGCCCUCGCUCAAGAACUUCUCCGCGGGCAUGUCAGACCGCAAGUCCAUCUUCUUCAACAGCCACAACGUGUCCAAGCCGGAGUCGUCAUCGGUCCUGACGGAGCUGGACAAGAUCGAGGGCGUGUUCGAGCGGCCUAGUGACGAGGUCAUCCGGCAGCUCUCCCGGGCCCUGCGGCAGGCACUGGGCGUGUCUCUCUUCGGGAUCGACAUCAUCAUCAACAACCAGACAGGGCAGCACGCUGUCAUCGACAUCAAUGCCUUCCCAGGCUACGAGGGCGUGAGCGAGUUCUUCACAGACCUCCUGAACCACAUCGCCACCAUCCUGCAGGGCCAGAGCGCAGCCACCGCAGCCGCAGCCGCAGGGGACACGGCCCCGCUGAGGCACAGCAGGCUCCUGGCGGAGCAGGCGGACAGCCUGGCGGGCGAGCGGACGUGCAGCGCCAGCCCCGGCUGCUGCAGCAGCAUGAUGGGCCAGGACCCGCCCUGGACCGCGGAGGAUGACGCGGGCGGCGUGGGUGCGGGAAGCACCGCCAAGCUGCCGCACCAGAGACUGGGCUGCACCGCCGCCGUGUCGCCCAGCUUCCAGCAGCACUGCGUGGCCUCCCUGGCCACCAAGGCCUCCUCCCAGUAGCCACGGAGCCCGGACCCAGAGGGCAGCGUGGGCCACAGAGCACGGCCACUGGACCAGCAGCCCCCAGUGGUGACAUCCUCCUUAGAAUUCCCAACGGUCUGAUUUUUCCCCCAAUUUUUAACCUUAUUUUCUGUCAUUAUCUAAGUGAGGGGCUGGGGGGUGGAAAGAGCCCGGCGGUCCAGCUCCCAGAAGAGGGCCCCUGCCUAACUCCUGCCGUGCAGAUCGUCACCCAGUUCACACACGCGUGUGCUUCAACACUAGGUCUGAGUGGAGGGGUGUGUGCACGUGUGCGAUUGCUGUGCGUGUGCGAGUGUGUGUACACUUCCGUGUCUUGGUCUCGAUGGCUGCUGCGGACCAGGCUUAGGCUGGGGGCGCUGAACGGAGCAAGUAGACGGUUCCCCUUCACUCCUCUCCAAGCCCCACCCCCAGGCCGGCCUCCUCUCAGCUUUGAGAGGAGUGGGGCCCAAAACCCCACAACGUAUGCAGCUGCUCUUCCCAGAAGCAUGAGCCACGGGGGCAAGAGGCCGCAGCUGCCGCUUGUAGGGAGGCUCCGUGCUGGGUCUGGGCUAUGGCCGCUUCCUUCUCCCAGAGGGAAGGGGAAGGAAGCUUCCCUGGGGAGGCCAGGCCCUGGAUUCACUGCCUCCCUCACGUCCAGUUCCCUGGAGCCCCUCCGCCCCUCACCACGUGCCCCACGCGGCCCCGCAGGGGCUUCUUCCUUGACCAAGCGCUGCUCGUCGGGACCCUGGAGCAGGCCGCCUGGUUGGGUCCCCCAGGCUGACCCCGCCCGUGCCAAGGAUUUGUGCCAUGACUUUGGGCAAGUCAUUCUGAGAGUCGCCGGCCUCCGUGGAGACCAGAACUCUGAAGGGCGGGCUUGACGCCCCAGGCCCUGCGAUGCACCUGCUUUCCCGAGAAGUGGACCUGGACGGACUCCCCCUUGGCGUCAAGGCGAUGUGGGGUCCCCUUCCCAGGCAGGAGGAGCCGCCCGCCCCACUCUUACCCCGCAGACCCCGUCCCCCUCCUGUACUCACUGCAGCCCCAACCACUGAGCCAGCCAGCAGGGACCGGGGAGGGAGAGGGAGCAGCAGCCCAGAGGUGAGAAAACAAUUCCCUCCCAACUAGCCACCCAGCCCUGGUGGCAGCACAGGCCGCCAGCUGGUUGUUGCAUCCCAAGGUCCACGGCUGGCAGCCCCUCCUCAGAGGAAGGUUGUGUCUGUCCCAGGACAGUGAGCUCUGGGAGAGAUGCCAGGACCUGCCGAGCGUGACCUUGGUCUUAGGUACCAGUUGGGUUUGAGGAGGAGGAAAAGGCCUGGCUGUCCCGCGAGGCCGGGAGGAUGGCCGGAGGCUGCUGAACUGGGCACCGGCUCAGCGGGGAGCAGGGGCUGCCCGCCUCGGCCUGGGGUGGGGUGGCUGCCUUCAGAGCUGCCCGCUGUCCUGGACACGGGCCUGCUGACUAACCGCGUUUACACGACUGAGUGUGGAACCCCAAUUACAAUGUCCGCGUCACUCCUGGCUGCCUGAGCCCUGGGAAGCGGGAUGCGUGGCCGCCUCUUGCACUGCUUUGUCUCCAGAAUAAACUACUGAAAUCAAACUGCACUGUGCAUGUGUGUACACAAUGUUGCCAGAAGUUUGUCAUCCCCCAAGUCUUAAUAAAAUGGCUUUACCUUUUU